AUGCAAGAAUUGACGACCAAAGCCGUAGCGGGUGCCAAGUCGCUUGGCAACUUCCUGUACUCGGCCGUCAACAAGGCCGGUGCCAAAGUGAGCGAGGCCGGUGCUAAGAUCAAGAAGACUGUUGAGGAAAAUAGCAUCCUCGGCGAGUUCAACCGUGAGCAGGAUGCUUUCAUCAAGGGUCAGGACGCUCGCGGUGGCAGCGCCGCUGUGCCACCAUGGGUCGGUGCCCCCAACGAGGCGGCCCUCAAAGAAGAAUGCCUCUCGCUCUCGACUGACCGGCGAAACUUCGUGCGCGCGCCCCCCGCCGGCGUGGACUUUGAGUUCGACUACGACAAGAUGUACCCAGUGGCCGUGUCCAUAAUGGCCGAGGACCCCAACCUCGAGAAGAUGCGCUUCGACCUGGUGCCCAAAGUUAUCACGGAGGAGAAUUUCUGGCGAAACUAUUUCUACCGCCUCUCGCUGAUCUGCCAGGCCAACGAGGCUGACGCUGCUGGCGGUCGCCAGUCCAGCGCUGAAGACUCGCAAGAUGAAGUGUCGACGGGUGAGAGAGUUGUGUCCAAAGGGGGCUCGUCGCAAGAAACAAUCGACGAUGCAAAGAGGCGGAUAAAGUCCUUGAAAGUCGAUAGAGAAAACGACGACGAGCAAUGGGAGAAGGAACUAGAAGCGGAGUUGAAAGAGUACGAAGUGGUGGCGGAAAAAACAGCAGAUGACAAAUGGGAGAAGGAGUGUGAAGAUCUACUGGGUGAUGACGUAGAUCUCAAG